AUGGGAAGAGGGAGAGUUGAGCUGAAGAGAAUAGAGAACAAAAUCAACCGUCAAGUAACAUUCUCAAAAAGAAGAAAUGGUUUGUUGAAGAAAGCUUAUGAACUCUCAGUACUAUGUGAUGCUGAAAUUGCCCUUAUCAUUUUCUCUAGCCGUGGAAAACUCUCUGAAUUUGGAAGUUCAACUUCAGGCAUUGCCAAAACCCUGGAACGAUACCAAAGGUGCUCCUUUACUUCUCAAAAUGAUAAUAUUAAUGAAAAUGAAACUCAGAAUUGGUACCAAGAGAUGUCAAAGCUAAAGGCAAAAUAUGAGUCUCUUCAAAAGUCACAAAGGCAAUUGCUAGGGGAAGAUCUAGGACCACUGAACAUGAAAGAGCUACAAAGUCUUGAAAAACAGCUUGAAGGAGCUUUAGCACAAGCUAGGCAGAGGAAGUCACAAAUUAUGAUUGAACAAAUGGAAGAGCUUAGAAGAAAGGAACGCCAUCUUGGAGACAUAAAUAAGCAACUUAGAUUCAAGCUUGAAUCAGAAGGAUUUAAUCUUAAAGCUAUUGAAAACAUGUGGAGCUCUAAUUCUGCUACUGUUUCUGGAGGAAGCAGUUUUCCUUAUCAGCCUUCUGAAACCAAUCCUAUGGACUGCCAAGCUGAACCUUUCUUACAAAUAGGGUACCAUCAAUAUGUUCAAGCAGAACCAUCCAAUGCUCCAAAGAGCAUGGUUGGUGAGACUAGCUUUAUCCAUGGAUGGAUCCUUUGAUUGACUUAAUAGAGUAAAUUAAUAUGUCUAUAUACUUUUUUUAUUCCAGUUUUUAUUUUUUUAUUUUUUCUGUUAUUAAAAAAUAGACCUCUCUAGUGUUGGAAGUUUGCAGAUGCAUCGUCUGUAAUGAGAUACAAAUUUAGACCUUUAUUUUACUCUUUGAAGGAAUGUACUAUUGUUUGAAUUAACCAUGUAUUACUGUGUUGUUGGAUGCUUAA